AGGCUGCAUUGGUCGGACGUUCAGCAUCCAGGCGAAAACAGAGGAUGCCGACGGCAGUGGCCCCUUCUGGAUGACCACAUUCCAGAUCUGCCACCGCCACUUCCUUCUUCACCAAUGCCAUCAGCUAACGGUGAUGAUAAAGUGAGUGUUGGUGGCGUUGGAACGGGCGAAGAUGCGGAAGGGUCCGAUGGGAAGGGGACAGGGUUGGCAGCAGACGAUGAGGAAGAGGAGGAACCACUUAAUUCGGGUGAUGAUGUAACUGACGAGGAAUUGGAGUCCCUCUUUGAAUCGGAUAACCUCGUUGUGUGUCAAUAUGAGAAGGUGAGUCACUCGCGAUCCAAAUGGCGUUUCUGGAUGCGUGAUGGAAUAAUGAAAAUUCGAGGACGGGAACAUCUUUUUCAAAAGCUGUUCGCGGAGGUCGACUGGUAA